CCGCCCCGGCCCGCAGCCAUGGCCGCGGCAACGGCGCAGGUCGGCAGCGUCCCGGGGGUGGCGUGAGGCGGCCCCGCCGGCUGAGGCUCGGCCCGGCCCGGCCCGGCUUCCGCGGUUGGUGUCCCCGGGGGGGGGGCCCACGGGGACGCCGGGCUCGUCCCCUGCAGGUCCUGGCAGGCAGCGGCCUGGCACGGGCCGAGGCCCGGCCGAGACCCCGCCGAGACCCCGCCGAGGCCCCGCUGAGGCGCUGUAGGAGCAGCCACAACGCGGCAGGCACCGGGGCGUCGUGGGAGCUGCUGGGUGAAACUGACUCCAUCACUCUUCCCCCACAGGCGAGGAGGGUGGCAGUGGCCCCGUGGGACAGAGCCGGUACCGGGCUGUGUGCAGGGCCUGCGGCGUGACCCUGGCCUCCUGUGGCAUGCACCAGGCCGCAGGCCAAGCAUGGGGCCUUGGCCCACGGGGUGCCAGAGCUUUAGCUCUUUCCUUAAUGGUUAAUACCUCUAUGGUCACAUUAGACCUGGGUGACAACUGGCUGUAGGGAAAAGGGGCAGCUGCAAUUACAGAGAUGCUGAAAGAAAACUGCUACAUUUCAGUUGUCAAUUUAUCUGACAACGAAUCAGGUGUUGAAGGAGCUUAGACCUUUUCCGCUAUGCUUCUAGAAAAUACUACAAUUGUGUCCCUCCAGCUCUCAGGAAAUGAAUAUGUUGAUCAUGCAGCCAAGUAUUUAGCAGAUGCCAUCACAGCAAACAGCAAAGUGGAAAUUCUGGAUCUAAGUUACAACAUGUUUGGUGACAAAGCAGGUGAAAUUCUUGGAACAGCAAUAGCAGAAAACAUUGGAUUAAAGAAACUUAAAAUCAGCUGGAACCAUUCCCAUAGCCAAGGGGCAGCUGCCUUGGCCAAGGGCUUGGGGGCAAACAUGUUCCUCAAAGCGCUGGAUGUGUCCUACAAUGGCUUUGGCAACAGUAGAGCAGCUGCCUUGAGGGAGGUUUUUAAAGCCAACAAUGUGCUGGAAGAGCUCAGCAUUAGGAUACCUCUGUGAACAGAGAGCUUGCAAAGCUGUGUGAUGCUGUGAGAAUACUUUUCCAAAAUCAUCUUCUCAGAUACGGUGGAAGCAUGAAGUUGCAGAAGAAAAAUCAGUCAAAGGCUUAUUUUCAAAGGCUUAUUACAACCUGAAGUGGUGGGUAAUUCCCAGAAUGCAGUGGCUUCACGUGAGUCUUUUUGGGGCUGGUUCUUCGGCACUUCUGCCUAACACCCCAGUGCCACUCACGAAGCCCGUGACACAAGGAUGUGUCAGGGCAAUGCUAAGGCAGCAUCUGUGCAAAUAUUGGCUACAUCAUCGUUGCUGACACUUGGAAGUUCUGUCUUUUCACUUUCAGAUUUCUGCUGCGACCAGCUCUGAGUCUCUUCCAGCACAUGCAAGAGCAUCCUCAUGGAUGAGAGUCCAGGGGCUCCUUUUUAAUCAUCAUCUUUGUGUGUAGAACAUUUGUCUGGUGGAACAUCACGUGCUGUAGGUGCUGCUGGUGCUUGGAUCCAUAGCCUGCCACAGUGGGGUCUGUGCAGCCUGAGAGUGCACUUACUAUGUUGAAAGCAAAGUCAUAUUCAGAGAUGUGCUGUGAACAAACGCUUUCUGUCUUAGAUUUGUUCUCCUGUUAAACAGCCAGGAUUGCCUUUGCCGAA